AUGGCUAUUGAUAUGACAUUAUCACAGUGGGCCACUGUUGGUUUAGGCGCCUUGGUCAGUUGGCUUCUUCUAAACUGGUUUGCUACUCCUUCUCCCAAGAAGUUUACAGUGAAAGCACCUGAAGCUGCCGACCCCAAGUGGACUGGACAAGUGCUUGAGAAUCCUACUCUUCGUAAUGCUAGUGAUCCUUCAAAUAUUGUGUGCUUUGAUCCUUCUACUGGUUGCCUUAUUGACACUAUUCCCAAUCCUACUCCUAAGGACAUCAAAGAAUUAUAUGAGCGCACUGCAGCAGCCCAAGUAAAGUGGGCUAAAUCCUCCUUUGAACAACGUAAAGCUGUGCUUCGUUCCUUGUUGGCUUUUGUUUUGGAGAAUCAAGAGGCUAUUUGUCAAGCUGAUUGUAGAGAUACCGGAAAAACGAUGAUUGAUGCUUCGUUGGGCGAAGUCAUCACCACCUGUGCCAAGUUGCGUUGGACUAUUGAUAAUGGUGAAUCUGUCUUGGCUGAUGAUUACCGUAGCCCUGGAUUGAUGAUGAUGUACAAGAAUUCCAAGGUCGUGUAUCAACCUUUGGGUGUUGUUGCUGCUUUGGUCAGUUGGAACUACCCCUUCCACAACGCCAUGGGUCCUGUCAUUUCUGCCCUCAUGUCUGGUAAUGGCAUCAUUGUGAAAUGCUCGGAAUAUGUGGCCUGGUCUUCUCGAUACUAUGAAAAGAUCAUUAAGACAUGUCUCUCUGCUAACGGCGUGGAUCCCGAUUUGGUUCAGUUUGUCAGUGGUUUUGCUGAUGUUGGCGAGGAGGUCAUUCGUUGUGGUGUCAAUCAUGUUACUUUUAUUGGUUCCCCUGCUGUUGGUAAGCUCGUUCAACGCAACGCCGCUGAUUACCUUGUCCCCUGUGUCCUUGAAUUGGGUGGUAAAGAUUGUGCCAUCUUGUUGAAGGAUGCUGAUUUGGUGCAAGCUGUUCCUGUCUUGAUGCGUGGUGUUUUCCAAAACUGCGGUCAAAAUUGUAUUGGUAUUGAGCGUAUCAUUGUUGCCUCUGAAAUUUAUGACAAGGUGGUUGAAGAGAUGAACACGCGUAUUGGUAAGCUUCGCCAAGGAUCCAUUCUUGCUGAUGGUGAAGGCGUCGACUGUGGUGCCAUGACCAUGGGUAACCAAUUUGAGAGAUUGGAAGGCCUUGUUCAAGAAGCUGUUUCUCGUGGUGCUCGUCUUCUUCGCGGUGGUAAGCGUUUCCAUCAUCCCAAGCACAAGCAUGGCCAAUACUUUGAACCUACUUUGCUUGUGGAUGUCACCCCUGACAUGGACAUUGCCAACAAUGAGGUCUUUGGCCCCAUCAUGGUGAUUAUGAAGCACAAUGGUCCUGAAGAUGCUGUGCGUGUUGCUAAUCUUUGUCCCUUUGGUCUUGGCUCAUCUGUCUUCUCUGCUGAUAAAGCGCUUGCUGAAAAGAUGUGCUUGCAACUCAAGACGGGUAUGGCUAACGUGAAUGAUUUUGCUGUCAACUAUCUCUGUCAAGGUCUUCCUUUUGGUGGUGUCGGUAUCAGUGGUUAUGGCCGUUUCUCUGGUAUUGAAGGCCUUCGUGGUUUAUGUAACCCCAAGGCUGUCACCACGGAUAGAAUUCCUGGCGUCAAGACCCCUAUUCCUCCCAUCUUGGAUUACCCUGUCAAGAGUGGUGCUAAUGGCUGGACCUUUGUCAAGUCUCUUAACCAUUUGGUUUAUAACCCUGAAGUACCCGCUAAACUUAAGGCUGGCCUUGAUCUUGCCAAAGCAAGCAUGUAA